GGGUGCAUGUGUAUUGGUCGAUGGUUCGGCUGGCGCUGGCGCCUACGCCAACACAGCCUGGCAAAAAAACAACAGUUCGGCAGAACCAGAAACGCGCAACGUCCUAACAUAACAUUUUGGGUGCGCGCGAUAUUUUGCUUCGAGAGUUGGAGCCCUAUAUAAAGCGGAUGAGCCAAACCCCGUCGCCGCUUGCACCGGAUCCCUCCUCUCUUUCCCCGGCACCUGUCACGGGAGGAGGAUGGACAAGAGCGGCGGCGAGGCGGCGGCGGCGGCAGCAGCAGCAGACGACGUCGAGCGGCGGGGGGGCGACUACGAGCAAGACGAGCACGAGCGGAGAGGGACGGUGUGGACGGCGACGGCGCACAUUGUGACGGCGGUGAUCGGCUCCGGCGUGCUGGCGCUGGCCUGGAGCGUGGCGCAGCUGGGCUGGGUCGCGGGGCCCCUCGCGCUCGCCGGCUUCGCGUGCGUCACCUACUACACCUCCACGCUGCUCGCCGGCGCCUACCGCGCGCCGCACCCCGUCACCGGCCACAGGAACCGCACCUACAUGGACGCCGUCAGAUCGUACCUCAGUCCCAGGGAGGUGUUCAUGUGCGGGGUCGCGCAGUACGUGAACCUGUGGGGCACCAUGGUCGGGUACACCAUCACGGCGACCAUAAGCAUGGCCGCGAUCAGGCAGGCCGACUGCCUCCGCCGGGACGGCGCCGGCGCCGGCGCGCGCUGCGACGCGCCAGGGACCGUGCUGAUGCUGGCGUUCAGCGUGGUCCAGGUGGUGCUGUCCCAGUUCCCGGGCCUGGAGCACAUCACCUGGCUGUCCGUCGUCGCGGCGGCCAUGUCGUUCGCCUACUCCUUCGCCGGCCUCGGCCUCUCCGUAGGGCACUGGGUGUCUCGUGGCGGCGGCGGCCUCGGGGGCAGGGUUGCAGGUGCCGCCGCGGCAUCCUCCACCAGGAAGCUCUGGAACGUGCUUCUCGCCCUGGGGAACAUUGCCUUCGCCUACACUUUCGCUGAAGUAUUGAUCGAGAUCCAGGAUACACUCAAGUCACCACCACCGGAGAACAGGACGAUGAAGAAGGCAGCAAUGUACGGGAUCGGAGCCACCACCAUCUUCUACAUCUCCGUCGGCUGCGCUGGGUACGCCGCGUUCGGUUCGAAUGCUCCGGGCAACAUCUUGGCGGCAGGCGGGCUGGGUCCCUUGUGGCUCGUCGACAUUGCCAACAUGUGCCUCAUCCUCCACCUGAUCGGUGCAUACCAGCAGGUAUACGCUCAGCCUGUCUUCGCUUCGGUUGAGAGGUGGGCCGCCUCACGGUGGCCAGAAGCCAAGUUCAUGAGCAGCGCAUACACCGUGUCCGUCAGCAUCCCCCUCUUGCAGAGAGGAUCGGUCACCGUCGCGCCGCACAAGCUCGUCCUGAGGACCGCCAUAGUCGGCGCGACGACUGCGGUGGCGCUGGCGAUACCCUUCUUCAACGCCGUGCUGGGGCUCCUCGGCGCGUUCAGCUUCUGGCCGCUCACGGUCUACUUCCCCAUCAGCAUGCACAUCGCCCAGGGCAAGAUCGCCAGGGGGACCAAGUGGUGGUGCCUUCUGCAGGCUCUGAGCAUGGUUUGCUUGGUGAUCUCGGUGGCCGUGGGUGUAGGCUCUGUCACUGACAUUGUCGAUAGCCUCAAGGCCUCUUCUAGCCCUUUCAAAAUUGUAGGCUAACAGGUUACUGUAGUCAUGUACAAUGCUCUGAGCCGAUCGUGCGUUGAGGUUUAAAAGAACUGUGGUGCGCGAAUUCGCGUCAAAUAUCGAAACUUCUCGAUUGUAUUUUCAGAGAGUAUUUAUUGAAUUUGAUCAGUAAGCAUCAUUUUGCUUG